AGCGCGUCUGGCUUGACGGACGCCAGUGUGCGUUUUCUGUUCCCCGGGGCCACAGUGUUUUCAACGGGACCCAACUCCACUACUCGCUGGACCCGCUAUUGGCCGCUCGACCCGGGCUGAAACUCCAUCCGUCCGCCUCCAUCUUGCUCCAAAACCCCGUUCGCACGAACUUUUCUGGCUAAACUUUUGGACUUCUCGCGUCACUUUUAUGUCCAGAAACGAGGAUGCAACCCCCACCGAGAAAGGUACGGCUCACCCAGGAGCUGAAACACACCCAAGCCGAGCAGAUGAACCAGUUACAGAUUAAACACCAGGCAGAAUGUGAUCUGCUGGAAGAUCUGAGGACCUUCAGUCAGAAGAGGGCGGCUUUAGAGAGGGACUACGCCCAGGCUCUCCAAAAGUUGGCGAAUCAGUACCUGAAGAAGGAAUGGCCAGAGAGCGUUGCAGAGAAACAAGCUGAUCACAGGAACAUGUUCUGCGUGUGGAGGGCGUAUCUGGAGGGCACCGUCCAGGCCACCCAGGUCAGACUGGGCGCCUGUGAUAACUACAAGCUGCAGGUGGCAGAUCCAGCCAAGACGGCCCGGCUGCAGAAGGAGCAGCAGCUCAGGAAGUGCAUCGAGCGGCUGACGGUGAUCCAGGCGGAGCUGCAGGACUCUGUGAAGGAGCUGACCAAGAGCAGGAAGAAGUAUCAGGAGGCCGAAGCCAUGGCACAGGCCGUCCGAGAGAAGACGGAGCUCGAGACGAAAUCUAAGCUAAGUCUCUUCCAGUCGCGCUCCAGUCUCCAGAGGGCCAGCGUGAAGCUGAAAGCCAAGAGGAGUGAAUGCAACUCCAAAGCGACGCACGCCAGGAACGACUACCUUCUCACACUGGCAGCCUCCAACGCUCACCUGCAGAGGUACUACGGCACAGACCUGAUGGACUGCAUCAAGCUCCUAGACGGCAGAAUCUACGAGCAGGUCAAAGAUUACCUGGUGUCGCUUUGUCAGACGGAGCUGGAGACGCACCGGGCCGUGCACAACUCCUUCAACCAGCUGCUGAGCAGCUCCAGCGGGGUUCUCCAGGAGUUUCACCAGCAGACGUUUGUGCAGAAGAUUCCCGUGUUUCAACAAGCCUCGUGUUUCCUGUAUCAGCCCGUCGACUCAGACGCGGUGAUGCAUCUGCAGAGAGAGAGCGGAACGGCCGAGGAGCACAGUUUGGAAAAGGAGGCGAGGAAGUGGGCGAGUCGCGUAGCACGAGAAUACAAAAGCAUCAUCCACACACAAAGGGCCCUGGAGGAGUACGGGAGUCAGGAGGCGGCUGAGCAGAGCGGCGGCGAGGUGGAGACCAAGAUGGAGACGGCCAGGCAGAGUCUGAGGAGGGCAGAGACGGUGAAAGUGAAAGCUGAGGCCCGGCUGGACCUGCUGCGUCAGGCGGGAGUCGCCGUGGAGACGUGGCUGAAGAGCGCCAUGAACCAGGUGAUGGAGGAGCUGGAGAACGAGCGCUGGAACAACCUCAGCACCCAUGAUCCUUCACUCUCAGGAACAGCUGAUCUGGAGCGGGAAGACGAAGAGGAGACGGAGGACAGCAGUGAGGUGUUGGAUGACAGCAGCUCCAGCCCUUCAAGCACCCUGAAAAACUAUCCUCUCACCUGCAAAGUGCUUUAUUCCUACAAGGCGUCUCAGCCAGACGAACUAACCAUCGAGGAGCAGGAGAUCCUGGAGGUGAUCGAGGACGGAGACAUGGAGGACUGGGUCAAGGCCAGGAACCGCAGCGGACAGGUCGGUUACGUCCCGGAGAAAUACCUGCAGCUGCCUUCGUCCAACAGCCUGCUGAGCAUGCUGCAGUCGCUGGCCUCGCUGGACGCCCGCUCCCAUUCCUCCAGCAACUCCACCGAAGCCGAGACCGAGCUCUCUGCCUGCUCCGUCAACGGAGACUCCGGCGUGUCGUUCGCCAAAGCUCUGUACGACUACGCCGGGCAAACGGACGAGGAGCUCUCGUUUCCCGAAGGCGCCAUCAUCCGCAUCCUGAGCAGAGAGACCCACGAGGACGACGGCUUCUGGGAGGGAGAGUUCAACGGCGUCGUCGGCGUCUUCCCCGCCGUCCUGGUGGAGGAUCUCACCGCCGCCGGCGAAAACGGAGACGGGCAAAAAGAAGGCGGCGGCGGCGGGCAGGCGUCUCCCUCCGCCUCGGCUCAGAGCGACCGCUCCCCCUGCAGCCCCCUCCAGGGGGCGCCGCUCCACAGCAGCCCCCUCCAGACGCCCACGGCGGCGCCGUCCGGAUCCAGCCCGUGCAGCGCCGCAGCCUCCCCCGUCGGCCGGCCGCCCUCCUACCACAACGGACACCACCGGCCGGCUCCGGCUCCGCACAAGAGCCCGUACCACAGUCCAGUACAAGGUUCCCCUCAGCCCCCCAAAUACCCAGAAGGCAGCGCUGGCAGCAUCAGACCUGUCCGUGCCGCCCCUCCCCCCCCGAAGCAGCAUCCCCGCGGGCAGGUGAAGCGUCGGGAGGAGGUGGAGAUCACGCUGGUGUGAGCCCGGACCGACCCGGACCCCCAGAAGACUCUUAAAGCCCGGAGGAUGGAGGAUGGAGGAUGGAGGAGCGCGCCGUGGAGGAACAACGUGCCUUUGUCCGGUUUUCCUGCUCACCUUUACGUCCCAAAUGUUUAUCGAGGCCGAGACGACAGCCGCCGUUUUUUGUUUUUUUUUCUAGAUCCGAAAUACUUCCAUGACCAAAAAGACUGCUUUCUGCUGGUGAAAAUAGGCAAAGCUGACAGAAAAGGGAACUCGCUAUCAUCGGCUAGCAUCGAUUCCUAAUCAGCACCGUGGUUUGCACUUUAAGAAACAUUUCUGGGAACGAGUUGACUUCCUGGUGGAGGUUCAGCUCCACGUCAGAACCCUUCUGGACCGGUCCAACGGGACGCCGUCUUCUCUGUCAUCUACUGACGUUCCCGGCAGCGGUGGCGUCUGGUUGAUCAUGAACUUUAUGAUUUUUUUUGUUCAGUUAACUGUAGAUUUUCAAAUGGCUAAUGUGUGUUUUUAAAACUUCAUAAGCAUCUAAACGUUUAAAUAAAUGUUGGGAUGUUAGAUGAUCAAAUUUAACCAUGAAACAACGCUGACUCUGCAUUAAGAAAAAAAUCUAAAAUGUUUACUUGCUGCAGAAAUUUACCUGCAAGGUUUUUUUUUCUGCAAACGUUUUACUUGCAGAAAAUCAGCUGCAAAUGUGUUGAGCUUCCUGUGACUCGAGCCAAAGCAAUCAGCUUUAGAUUCUGUAGAGAGGAGCGUCUCUUACUAGUUACACUGCAAAAACAGAACUAAAAUAAGAUGAAAUCUUCUUGAAAUGAGUGUAUUUGUACUUUA